AUGCAUUCUACUUUGCGGAAGGUGUGCAGUGACUCAUCCACUAUGAAUUUACCAUCAGAGCUUCUGGCUGAAGUCUUCUCAAGAGUUCCCAUCAAGACAAUAAUCAAUUGCCGAAGUGUAUGCAAAAGAUGGCGCAAAAUACUCGCAGAACCUUAUUUUGCUAAUCUGCAUCUACCAAGAUCCGCUGCAGGGAUUAUAAUCCACCAAGGACUGAGCAACCCAUAUGUUGAUAUCCUUAAAAUGGCGGAACUUAACGACAAAGCUGACCAUCAUGAUAUUCAUCAUGAGUACCCUUUGAUGGGAUUUAUGCCAAGACUUGGUCUCGAGGACGGUGUUAUGUGGUUGAGUGGUUCGAUUAAUGGGUUAAUUUGUUUAGGGUCCGAGAAAACAAUUUGUAUAUGCAAUCCAAUUACACGAGAGUGCAUAUUCAUUCCAGAUCAGAAGUUCAUUGGAAAAUCGCAUGCUACAUUACAUCAUGGCUUUGGGUAUGUCGAAUCCAGCGACCAAUACAAGGUUGUCCGCUUUUAUAAGGGUAGUUUUUCAGCAAGUGAGGGCUCAUAUGAGUUAGGAUGCGAGGUUUAUACGCUCGGAACACGCAUGUGGAAAAAUCUAGGACAUGUUCCCUUCUAUAUUGGUGGAUAUGGUGAUGGUAUCUGUGUUGGUGGCAACCUUCAUUGGUUAGCAAGUCAUCAAAAAGAGACUGCGGAUGACGAAAGGUUGUGUACUUUUGAUCUUGAAAGAGAAUCAUUUCAACUAACUGCAGGUCCUGUUGUUCCUCAAGUUGUUGGCUAUACAACUUAUAGGAACUUAGGAAUCCUAGGAGGUUGCUUGUGUGUAUGUGAUAACACGCCAGACCUUGAAUUUGCCAUUUGGGUGAUGAAAGAUUAUGGUGUGACGGAAAGUUGGAGUAAAGAAAUCGUCAUUCAUACUGAUUUCUUAUAUUGGGGUACGCUAGAUGAGGAAGUUUACCCUCUGAAAGUAUUGAAAGAUGGGACUAUUUUAAUGUAUUGCGAGGAGCAUGAGUUGUUCACUUAUCAUCCUGGUACGACAACUACGCAAGACCACACUUUCCCCGACGGAGAUUAUAAGACGUAUAAUGCCAUGGUUUAUGUCCCAAGUUUUGUAAGUCUCAGGAGUACUUUCAUGCUGGAGAAUGUUUUAGUGCUUUAG